AACGUGUCACAUCUUGGUACCUGGCUUUGGAAGAAGGAUCUGUUUUAAACUUCAAAAAUGUUUAUGACAUUUUCAUAGAAUGACACUUAGAUUAAUUAAUCAAGCUACAAUAUGGAUUCUAAGAGGACUUUCUGGGUAUGAUGACUGCAGAAACCAGCUUGACCCUUGGAACAUUUGCAUUUGCUUUCUUGGUACCAUUAUCAGUGGCUGCUGAGGAGACAUCUACCACUCCCAUUAUUCCUAAGGAACUGAGGGCAGCAGUUGCUCGGGUUUCAGUCAGUUCUACCAGCUGUAGCGUCACCUGUGGCCUGGGUUACAAGGAAGAAGAGAUAUGCCAAGUUGGAACAGAUGGGCAAAGGAGACACUGUACCAAACGGAAAGUGGACUGCUUGAGUAACUGGAUCUGUGGAAUGCAGCACUUCACCAUCCUUGUUGGUAAGCCUUUUGAAUUUAGCUGCCUGACCCUCAAGGAGAUUGGUCUGGAGACCCAGAGCUUUAGUUAUUCAUGGAGGUUAGCCAGAGGUAUCAUUACCACUGAUGAUGCUCUCUUUGCACCUUUCAAGACUCCUACCUUCGUCGUUAAGCUUCCUUCUGCUGAGGAAUAUGAUGCAGGAACAUAUAGGUGUGAUGUCCAGUUUAUGAGAACCUAUAAAAUUGUCAAGAGAAUCUACUUUGGCCUUCGUGUGAUCCCCGGCAACCUGGUAAAUAUGAACUUUGACAAGUCCUUGACGGUAGAACAGAAAUUAGAAAAUGAGCCCCCGCAACAGAAUACCACAGUGGCUCCAGUCCAGGAACGAUGGUGGUCUUGGCGACAAAGGGCUGUGUUUGUGUUUCUAAUAGGCAUUGGCAGCGGAGUGGGAGGAGGACUCCUGUUGCACUUCCUGCUCAAUUGUUUGCUGAAGGCCCAUGGAAACUACCAACGGGUGGAGGAAUGACAUUCACUUUCUUUUUCCUACAGAAUGACUGGUCUAAAUAGUUGCAUUGUAUCCAAGUUAAAAUAGACUACGUGUUAAAUGGGUAGCACCAGUUGAUAUUCUUCCUUUUUUGGCCUCUGUGGUGGUGAGGGUAACUUUUAAAAAACUGGUUGGGGGAGGUUUAAGCUGCUUAUCUGUGAGGAAAGAAAGAACCCCUUUCAUGGCUAGAUACAAACACGUUUAAUGAGCAUUCUGCUUUGUGUUACAGCUGUUGGCCUCUGAAGACAGUCUUGUGAGGCAAACCAUAAAGAGUGUUGUGCUUUAUUUACUAGAGACCAAUAAAGUGCCGCCCUCUGUCUUCAUGAUUUUAAGCUUCACAGG